AGUGACGCUGAGAAUCAGGGCAGGAAGUAUACUGCCUCCCGCGGGAAACUUUACCACGAUCCUACACGAUGCGUUGCUGCGUUGCCGUGGUGUGGGUGUCAGCCCUGGCCAGCCUGGCCGUUGCUGCACCAAACGCGGGCCCCGACUCCCCGCCCCAGCCCCCGCAGAUUGACAGCGAUGUUGAAUUAACAGAAGAAGAUAAGAGCGCCUUGACAGGUCUACAUGGAGGUGGAGAUUGGGGUAAGAGAGGUUGGCAAGAUCUCAACUCUGCGUGGGGCAAGCGGGCCUGGCAGGACCUACAUACAGCCUGGGGAAAACGUGCUUGGCAAGACUUGAACACAGCGUGGGGCAAACGUGCGUGGCAAGACUUGAAUACAGCCUGGGGCAAACGCGGCUGGCAAGAUCUUAACUCUGCCUGGGGCAAAAGGGGAUGGCAAGAUUUAAACGGUGCUUGGGGUAAACGCGCCGAUAGAGAUAUGAAUCAGUACCCUUUGGGAAAGAGAGCUUGGCAGGAUCUUAAUACGGCAUGGGGUAAGAGAGGAUGGCAAGACAUGAGCUCGGCGUGGGGAAAGAGAGGAUGGCAAGACAUGAGCUCGGCGUGGGGUAAGCGAGGCUGGCAAGACAUGAGCUCAGCAUGGGGCAAAAGGACACCUGAAAACUGGAUGAAUUUACACGGGUCAUGGGGCAAACGAAGUUCAGAGCCAGAAUACGAAGACUAUGAUAUAUUUGCAGAGCGACUUGCCCCUCAGCAACAGUUGGAGAGUCCGAUGGAAAGCCCAGAGAAGAAGGCGUGGUCGUCCCUGCAUGGAGCCUGGGGCAAACGGCCAGCCAAGCAGCCGCGCUUCAACAGUGAAGCGUAUUAUUGGAAGCGAGAGCCAGGCUGGACCAAUUUAAGAGGGAUGUGGGGCAAGCGGUCAGCGGAGCAGCCUGUGGACGACCUACAUGAGAACGCAGCGGGUGAGGAAGCCUAAUCAAUGGAUGUACAAUAAUAUACGAUACCUCUUAUAAUGAAACAAAUCGAUAGAUUUAAGUUUGUAAGUCCUUCUACAUUGGCGAUUGUGCGCUACGUUUCCACUGACGCCAGAAGAUUGAGAGAACACCUCGAUACAUGUAGAGCUACGGGAAUGAAUCAUGCUACGCCAGUGCUACGCAGUUUAUGGAUGGAUUCGUGUUUGAUUUUUAGUCUCAUGAUAUGCAUCUGUAGGUAAAACAAUUGUAAAGGAUAAGUUCUAGUUCUAAAAAUUUAAGGCGUAACAGAAUUUUCAUUGAUAUUCUAUGAUUAAACAGCAAAAGCGCAGUGGAGUCGUAGCGAUUAUGUUUACGUACAAAUAUAGUUCUUUAUGGUUUAGUCACCUUCUAGAGAUAAUGUAAUAUAAGAAUAUUUGUAUAACGUUUGUAGCUAGCUUUGAUGUAACUAUACAUAGUGAUACUCAAAUCAUUUAUUAUAUAUUGUUGUAUCUAAGAUGGCCGCGACAUGUUGUCAAUAAAUAUUUAUUCGAAGCCGAA